UCAUACCUCAUACGUCAGUUCGAUGUAACACCGAGCGGUCGUUUUCUCCUGGGCUCAUUGUAGUUCGCACGAAAGCCCUUUAACAGUGUCUAUUCAAAUGUAGUCGCCUUGCUGCUAUCCAUCAAGAGCCUUCAGAAGUUCGAGAGGAAAACCGAUGAAAACAUCCGCAGCGGUCUAGAACAGAUUCGACCGUCUCCGAGCGUCCAACACAGGACUUUCCCGAUGGGUUGAGAACGCCUACAUUGUGUGCUGUGGUCACGCCACUGACGCUGAUACAUUUUGGAGAGUGCGCUGAGGAACUGUACAACCUUGUUCCUCCGUCACCAUUUCACCAUAGGACCACCAGACUCGGCAAGGCGGCAUCGCUUCACGGGUAAAAAGUCACUUACUGAAAGAAGCUGGUGUUGAUCACCAAAAAUUUCGCACAGAAAAGCGGAUUCCAAUGUCUCCGAGCAGACCCGUCGGAGCAUCGCCAGAGAACCCGUGAACACCGGGAUUGGUCAUCGGACGUCCGAUGCGCUCUCUCCCAUUGGAGCUAAUCACAUACACGCGCUGUCACUUCAUUGUUAUUAAAUUCCUGAGCAUCUUCUAUAUUUUAUAGUUUUCUAUAUUUUCUUCUUCAUUGAUAUAAAGUAAAAGUCCAAAAUGAGCAAGAUCCUGAAAGUAGUUGGAGCGUCGUGGCUCCGAACGAAGAUCAGCUCUUACAUCCUGGGAAUUAUUGGAGUUCUGGCAAUAGUCGCGCUCUUCGUGGGGCAAUUUGAUAGAAUUCAAGAGGACGGAAAUUAUGCAGCCACAGUAUUCUACUCGAACAAGACGGGAUAUCGCAUCGAGUAUUGGGGUCAGAGCAACGAACUAUCCGACAUACCGAAGGGAGUCGCUCGGGCCCACUUCCGAAUGGACAUUGACACAACUGGCUGGUCGCUAUUGGAAGUAGAGACCGACGGUUCGUACCCCGACGAGAUCCAGGCGUACGCAGCAGGCAUAGUCGAGGGCGCUCUGACCUGGUACCUGAUCCACACUCACCUGGAGAACACCAUCCGCGCCAGGUGCGCAGACCAGGAGAAGCAGUGCGACAAACUGAGGGAUGCCCUGGACCGGUCCGUUAACAUCUGGAAGACGAAGUCUUCUGAGCGAGCGGCUGCUGAACCAUUCUGGCAUCAAGUGUCCUUACACUACACUCAAAUCAGCGGCAUCUACACCGGCUGGAAGCACGGCGUAGACCGCAGCAUGAAGGAGUACGACCAUGACAUCUCAGACCUUCACUGGCUCAACGCCGUGACUGAGGUCGUCGAGUUCCAGCGUAAGAUGAACUGGACUCUGCGUGACCCGACACUUGACGCCGUAUCCGGGUUGUCCAGCGCGUUUCUGAGGAUUGUUAAUGAAACAGCUGAAGAUGGAACGCCUGCCACCAAGCUGUACGUCGCUCAUAACGCUGCUGGAAGCUACUCGUCAAUGACCAGAAUACUGAAACGGUACAAGCUCAACUACCACCUAACAUCGAGGAGCUCAACACUAGUAUCCGGAACGACUGUUGAAUUCUCCGGUUACCCUGGCUCUGUGACCAGCCAGGACGAAUUCUACAUGGUGCAGGGCGCUGGACAUAGCAUGGCCAUCACAGGGACCUCGCUCAAUAACUAUAACAGUCAUCUGUGGAAGGAUGUCAAUAUUACUGUUCAAAUACCAACAGCGCCGCGCGUGGCAACCGCUAACCGCCUCGCUUCCACCCCUAGUGCCUGGGCCCACAUUCUGGCUGUCAGCAAUUCUGGCACUGCGAGCAAGCAGUGGCUGGUCGUCGACUUCAACGCACUCGGCCAUUUGGAUGACGCUGGGAAAAAGGCUGACAGGAAGGAGUUCGUUCCCAUGACCGGAUUAAACCAAGACGUGCGGCACAUAAGUGUGAUUCGCAACAGCACCGGUCACCAGAAAGGCUUGCUGCGUCUGAUAGAACAGGUCCCCGGGCGCACGCACUCGGCUGACCUCACUGAAACCUUGCUGGAACAGGGCUUUUGGGCCACUUAUGGGUUGCCGUUCUUUGAAGAUAUCGCCAAUCACACGCACGUAAACCGAAUGAAACAAGAACACGGUGAAAUUUUCUCCGAAUUCCAAUCACCCCGAGCCGUCAUGUUCAAGAGAGGCUACAAGAACGCCACGUCUCUAGACAGCAUCAUAGCCCUAAUGAGGCAGAACAAUGUAACGGCAAUGAACAGAGCGAGUAAUGAAACCGUGGAGUGUACUAGAAAUGUAACAUGUAUUUUAGAAGAUAACGGUUACUGGUCAGUGUUGGGAGUGCGUGGUGACAUAGCGCACUAUAAGGAAGCUUAUGGAGUUAUUGACACCAAAGUGGUUGUAGGACAAGCGAACCAGCGCUCACUACAAUUCGUUGCCAUAUCCAGUCCGCCGUACUCAAACUCAACAACCAACUCCACCAUCCCCCUCAACAAAGGCACCGUGGCGACCAUUUACACCGACCAGUUCGACGACGAGCCCACCAUCAACGGGCUCGAGAUCAGAGACCUCGUGAAGAAACAGCUAGAAGAAGAAGCUCAAGAAACCCUAGAACGGCUCAACAGGGAUGUCAUCAAACCCUUCCAAUGGUCUGACACUGAAUUCCAGAACAGGACCCACGAAGGCUUACCCGAUACAUGGAACUUUGGCUCCUUCACGCCAGUUUGGUCGUGGUGAAUCUCUUAGCGUCCUUUAAAUCAUAAUAAUUAAAUAUAGAAUAGUGGUGCAACGUCAAUAACUCACAGUACUGAUCCCAGCUGCUUACAGUACCUAAAUCCAAGUUCAAGAGAUGUCUUAGAAUAAAAUGCUAGCUCUUUCCCCGACAUGGCUAGCUAAUUGGUACUGUUAAAAUAGACGUUGCAACAUUAAUGUAGGAUAAAUUGUGUAAGUAAUAAAUCGAUAUUUUUUUAUUGUUUUACCCAUUGUAUUCAAUGGCCGUAUAACAUCCGUCCGAUUUUACAUAAUCGUCAAUGAAAUCACCCAAAACUCGAUUCCAUUAAUAAUUGUUAAUUCAAUGUUUUAAGUACUUAUAUAAUUAUUUAUUUCAUUUGUGUUCGUGUUUGUUAGAAAGUGUCGUACCUUUUGAUUUGUAAGAAUGUUAUUUUUACGUCGUCUGUAGGGCCUAUGUUUUAACCCACGACGAUAAAGUAUUGUCACCUAUCCGACUGAGUAUUUGAGGGAGUCAUAAAUAAAAUUGCCAAUAUUAUCAUAAAAAGAACUCCAAGAUUGCAUUAGGUAGUUAAAAACACUAUAUUUUCCUUUAUAACUUUGUACUUAAAAAUACUUUUACCUACAAUUAUUGUUCUUUUUAAUAAAAAUGAAGUGACCUGAAAAAUUAAGAGAAUCGCUUUUGCUCUCGAAAAUAUACCUUUAUUCAAAAUG